GGGGGUCGCGCAUGCGCGCUGAGGCGACCCGGAGGCGCCGCGCCGAGGAGGAGGAGGAAGAAGAAGAAGAAGAGGCGGGCGCCGGGCCGAGCGCAGCGCUUCGCAGAGCCCCGAGACCCCCCCCCCGCCGACCAACCACACCGUGAAAAGAAGAUACGAGUUACUACUAAACCCCCGGAAUUUCCAAUACAGUCAACCUUUCUUUCCACAACAUUGUGACCGCCCCAAGAGAUCGCCCACCGUGAUGUUCGUGACCCUAAACUGAAAGCAUGAGCGAAUUCCGGAUUCACCACGACGUCAACGAGCUCCUGAGCUUGUUGCGGGUCCACGGAGGAGACGGAGCCGAGGUGUACAUCGACCUGCUGCAGAAGAACCGGACGCCGUACGUCACCACCACGGUGUCGGCACACAGCGCCAAAGUUAAAAUUGCAGAAUUUUCCCGGACUCCUGAAGACUUUUUAAAGAAGUACGAUGAGCUGAAAUCCAAAAAUACAAGAAACUUGGAUCCUUUGGUGUAUCUGCUAUCCAAGCUCACCGAAGAUAAAGAGACUCUCCAGUACUUGCAGCAGAAUGCUAAAGAGCGAGCUGAACUUGCCGCCAGCGCCGCGGCGAGUAACGUCUCCAACUUCGCCAUCUCCUCCGCCGCCCCCAAGAUCUCCAUGCAGGAGCUGGAGGAGUUACGCAAGCAGCUGGGCAGCGUGGCCACCAACUCCAACAUACAGCAGCCCUUGGAACUGACAAGAAAGCUUCUGCGAGACAAGCAGAAUAAGAAAAAUCUCGGCCAUCAUCUCCCGGUGUUCCCAUCAUGGGUGUACGAGAGACCUGCACUGAUUGGAGAUUUCUUAAUUGGCACCGGGAUGAGCACGGACACGGUUGUGCCUAUAGGGACUUUGCCCUUAGCCUCUCAAGAGCUGACCAUAGUGGAGGACCUGCUCUAUGUUUUGAUUGGAGUGGAUGGACGAUACAUCACAGCCCAACCUCUCGUCGGCAGACAGAACCGGGCUUUCCUAGUGGAUCCCAAUCUGGAUAUGUCAAUAAAGGAGCUGGUGAAUCGAAUACUGCCAGUAGCGGCAAGCUACUCCACGGUAACUCGGUUUAUCGAAGAAAAAUCUUCCUUUGAAUACGGGCAGGUGAAUCACGCUUUAGCUGCUGCCAUGAGGACGCUGGUCAAAGAAUAUAUGAUCCUUAUCACUCAGCUGGAGCACCUGCAGAGGCAAGGCCUCCUGUCUUUACAGAAGCUCUGGUUCUACAUCCAGCCGACCAUGCGGACGAUGGAGAUUUUAGCAUCCCUGGCCGUAUCCGUGGAUAAAGGAGAAUGUCUGGGGGGCUCAACCCUGAGCCUUCUUCACGACAGAACCUUCAAUUACACCGGAGACAGUCAAGCUCAGGAGCUGUGCUUGUAUUUGACCAAGGCGGCAAGCGUCCCCUACUUUGAAAUUUUGGAGAAGUGGAUCUACAGAGGAAUCAUAAACGACCCGUACAGCGAAUUCAUGGUGGAAGAACAUGAGCUCCAGAAGGAGAAAAUCCAGGAGGAUUAUAACGACAAGUACUGGGAUCAAAGAUACACAGUCGUUCAGCAACAGAUUCCAUCCUUCCUCCAGAAAAUGGCAGACAAAAUACUUAGUACCGGAAAGUAUCUCAAUGUAGUCAGAGAAUGUGGUCGAGACGUGACCUGCCCCUUGGCCAAAGAAGUGAUCUACACUUUGAAGGAGCGAGCGUAUGUGGAACAGAUAGAAAAGGCUUUCAACUACGCUAGCAAGGUGCUUCUGGAUUUCCUCAUAGAAGAAAAAGAACUCGUGGCACAUUUAAGGUCCAUAAAGCACUAUUUCCUCAUGGAUCAGGGAGACUUCUUUGUGCAUUUCAUGGAUCUCACGGAAGAGGAACUGAAAAAGCCGGUGGAUGAUAUUAUCCCUACUAGAUUAGAAGCUCUACUUGAGCUGGCUUUAAGGAUGAGCACUGCUAAUACAGACCCAUUUAAAGAUGACUUAAAGAUCGACCUGAUGCCCCACGACCUGAUCACCCAGCUUCUGCGAGUCCUGGCCAUUGAAACCAAGCAGGAGAAAGCAAUUAUUAAUGCAGACCCCACCGAACUCACCCUGAGUGGUCUGGAAGCCUUUUCUUUUGAUUACAUUGUCAAAUGGCCUCUGUCGCUUAUUAUUAACAGAAAAGCUUUAACCCGUUAUCAGAUGCUGUUCAGGCACAUGUUCUAUUGCAAGCAUGUGGAGAGACAACUGUGCAACGUUUGGAUCAGCAACAAGGCCGCUAAGCAGUACUCGCUGCACUCUGCCAAGUGGUUUGCUGGUGCUUUCACUCUGCGCCAGCGGAUGCUGAACUUUGUUCAAAACAUCCAGUAUUACAUGAUGUUUGAAGUGAUGGAGCCGACGUGGCACGUUCUGGAGAAAAAUCUGAAAUUGGCUUCCAACAUUGACGAUGUCCUCAGCCACCACACCAGCUUUUUGGAUAACUGCCUGAAGGACUGCAUGCUGACAAACCCCGAGCUGCUCAAGAUCUUCUCCAAGCUGAUGUCCGUCUGCGUCAUGUUUACGAACUGCAUGCAGAGAUUCACCCAGAGCAUGAAGCUGGACAGCGAGUUGGGCCGCCUGACUGUAGAACACGGGACGAUGCUGGGGCCUCCUACGGAGGCCGAGCGGGAAGAGGAGUCGGUGAAGAAGAAGCUCACCAAUAAAUAUUUAGCGGAACAUGCAGACGCUCUUCAGCUGACAUCCGGCUUCGAGGCAACGAUCAACAAAUUUGAUAGCAAUUUUUCCACACAUCUGCUCGACCUCCUGGACAAACUAAGCAUCUACAGCACCAACGAUUGCGAGCACAGCAUGAUUAAUGUUAUCUAUAGACUGGAUUUCAACGGCUUCUACACAGAACGGCUGGAACGCUUAUCUGCCGAAAGGAGUCAGAAAGCUGCUCCUCAGGGACUUCUUCCCCGGGCCGCCCCGACGACGGCCCCCAGGAUCGGCGCGGCGGGGCCGGCUCAGUGACCGGGCCCUCCUGCUGUUACCUACCCGUCCUUUCCCGCCCAAGAAGGCGUUUGGCUCCUCGGAACCCCCUGCCCAAAUGUAAUGUCAGCACCCGUUGAGCUGUAAGUUAUCCCUGAACUUCCGAGACUGUAUUUAAAACUCCGUUUUUUUUUACCAGCUCCAAAAGGACUGCGUGUACAGUCCUAAUUGUCUCCUUGGGUGUGUGUACAUGUGUGUCCGAGCUACAGGUCUUUGCUUUUUUAGCACAUCUUGCGUCGGUUCGUCCAAUCAUCUGAAGUAGUGUGAUUAAAUCCACUUAAGUGCGCGCUGAGUAAUUGAACAUUAUAAUAGUCCAGUUUUUCUUCGUCGGAGUAUUUUCGGUGCGCUCAAAUAAAGGAGAAGACCACCUAGUUUUCAGAAAA